AUGCUGUUGGUCGAAUGCGAGCCGCCGCUUGAUCUUAGCACCUUUCAAAGAUUGCUUGACUCUGCCGCAGUAUCGCUCUCAUCAAUCACCGUCCUUUCAAUGCCAUUGCUAUCAACUGCUGUCUCGCCCCCUGACCUUCUAACUGUGGACUUCUCUGCCGCUAUCAACUUGGAGACAUUGACCCUGUGGCUUGACCGUCGUCCUCUUGGACAGGCAGACAUGUGGCUUGCUCACGCUCCGCCAUCAAAACUUCGUGAAGUGAAGAUUAUUUACUUCAGAGAUAAAGCUGAAGACGAGUUAAUCGACAUGCUAUCUGACGACGAUCACACCGUUGCCUGUGCACAGGUUGACCAACUUCUAUCUUCUCGACUUCAAUAUAAGGUUUUGAACAAAGUAUCAUUUGAGCUGGUUAUAGGACUGAACGCAGGACAUAUCGAGAAAAUCCCCUCCGAGCACAUUUGGCGAGAGUUUUUCUCGUCCAGACUGCUGAAAAUACGAGAGCGUGGAAUUCUCCAGACUCCAGUUAUUAUAGGUAGCGCUAUUCACAUGCUGUUUCCUGACCUCACUACAAUGGUUCAUGACGAUGAUUCAUCGUAG